GGACAAACCGGCGAAUGGAAUUGAAAAGAAACGAAAAGAGACGGUUCUCAAGAAAGGUUGCUGUUUCCAAUGUUAUCACAGCGGGAUUUGAAUUGAAGCCUCCUCCAUAUCCUCUUGAUGCUCUGGAACCACAUAUGAGCCGAGAAACCUUGGAUUAUCACUGGGGAAAGCAUCACAAAACCUACGUAGAGAACCUAAACAAGCAAAUCGUAGGAACAGAUCUAGAUGGAUUGUCAUUGGAAGAGAUUGUUCUUCUUUCAUACAACAAAGGCAAUAUGCUUCCUGCCUUCAACAACGCCGCUCAGGCUUGGAACCACGAGUUCUUCUGGGAGUCUAUUCAACCAGGAGGUGGAGGAAAGCCAAGUGGAGAUCUCCUCAGGCUAAUAGAUAGAGAUUUUGGGUCUUUCGCCGAGUUUUUAGAAAGGUUCAAGGCGGCUGCAGCCUCGAACUUUGGUUCGGGUUGGACUUGGCUUGCAUACAAGGCGAAUAGACUUGAUGUUGCAAAUGCUGUAAAUCCGCUACCAAAGGAGGAAGACAAGAAGCUUGUGAUAGUGAAAACUCCAAGUGCAGUGAAUCCACUCGUAUGGGAUUAUUCUCCACUUCUCACCAUUGAUACAUGGGAGCACGCUUACUAUCUGGAUUUUGAGAACCGAAGAGCUGAAUACAUAAAUACAUUCAUGGAGAAGCUUGUUUCAUGGGAAACUGUAAGCACAAGGCUAGAAUCUGCAAUAGCUCGAGCAGUCCAAAGAGAACAAGAAGGAAAUGAUACAGAAGAUGAAGAGAAUCAAGAUGAUGAAGAGCCGGAGGUUUACUUAGAUAGUGAUAUUGAUGUAUCUGAGGUUGAC